UUUGGGGUAUACGCGCAUAACAAUUGCAGUUUUGAUGUCGUUGGAUUGGCGACAAGGCAGGACAUGCAGCAUGGUUGUGAUUCUGACUGGUCGGUUGGAUCGGAAACUUAGCAUGUUUCGUUUUUGUGGCUGAGGGCGGUGUCAUAAAGGUUCGGCCAGACGAAAUGCGUCACUCAACCCUUUGAAGCAACCGAAGGGAACAUCCCCGUUUGGUUAUUAUGCGCCAAGAACAGAAGUGAAACAGCUCGUCACACCUGGCGGCCAAAAUGGAUUGAUGGGUUUUGACUGUAGUUUCACAAAGCCAGCGAAUCCGAGGCAGCAUGCAGCACACCUCCUGCACCGAGGACAGGAUCCAGCACGUUCUGGACAGGUGUCUGGAUGGGCUCAGGCAAAGCCCCACAGCAACACAACGCUGGGAUGUGCUGAUGUGCUCCACGGGUCAGUCGAUGAAUCGCUGGAGCCUGGAGGAGCUGGUCAAAAGGGACCCGGAGAACUUCAUCAUCCUCCUGCAGCAGAUUUUGAGAAAGACCAAAGAGGUGCAGGAGAGGUGCCAGUAUGAGCUAGUCGCGCCACUUGCCAUCAUGUUCACGUCCACGCUGCUGCAGACGCCGUACUGUCCUCCAGACUUGGAGCUUCUGCAGAAAGCCAUCGAGGUGUUCCACCGCUUCCUCACCUGGCCUGAGCCUUACUGCAGUGUGUGUCGAAACCUCCUCUCCACACUACAGCAGGAGAUCAAGGCUCCAGGCAUUUCCUUUCAGAGAAUGGUGAGAGAAGAACAGGACUUGAACACGACUGAUGAGUGCACCAAGACCAUGACGGUGCUGCUGAUGAACCCGAGCGAGUUACCGCCGGACUUCCUCUCGGUGGCCGAGCAGCUCUGUUGCAGUCAGCACUCCGAGAAAGAAACCUUCAUCACUCUGAUCAAACACGCCUUCCAGUCGGCGCUUGGCACCAAGUACCCAGUCUGCAGCAUCCAUGCAGCCCUGCAGGGAAAAAGUGUGGACGAACUGGAGGAGAUCUUCUCUGUGGUCAGUGGUGUCUCUGAGGCAGCUGCAGCCAUGAGUGAUCCUCUGCAGGGCCGCAGUCACAUGAUGCAAGAACUGGAAGCACUGAGGGAAAGACUAAGCAUCUCUUCUUCCAACAGAAGACAUUCCGAUGGAAUGCUCCAGACUCUACCGAUCCCUACAGCCAAGUGUCUCAUGUUUCAUUGGGAAAAAGACAACUUUGAUGUCCUGAAUACCCUUCUGGAGGACGAGGCUGAGACCAUCACCACAAGCGAGCCCACAAAGGAGGACGAGGAUGAGGUGGACUUAGAAGACGACGAGGGACACGACACCUUGUCCCAAGCGUCGGAGUCUUACGCUCCCUCCUUCAACUCCGGCGUGGACAGUGACUUUUUCGAAGACUCUGACGACUCCAUCAGCUCGCCAAAGUCCGCCAGGUCUCAUGCCCGGCUCAGCCAGCACUUGUACCGACUCCUCCGGAAGCCCAAGAGGUCGUUGUACCGCGCCAAAAGUUUAGGAAACGCGGAGACCAAAGACUUCAUGGUGGUGCGAGAGAUCCGCUCCAACUCGCUGCCCCACCACGUGCAGCUGCGGAGUCCCGAGCCCUUCUCGGGUCAGACCGUCAGACAGGUGUGCUUCAGGAGGAGGCCCAUCUUGAGCACCGACGAGGACAGUACCAACACGACGCUGAGGGUGGUGGUGUUUGGCGCCGAUCGCGUCGCCGGCAAGGUGGCGCGGGCCUACAAUAGCCUGAGACAAAAGGAGUGCGCGUGUCCACGACUCAGCAAAGCCUUCAAGCUUCAGUUCUACUUUGUGCCCGUCAAGAGGGACUUGGCAGCAGGACAAACUGAUAUCAGCCGUGCUGGGACAGAAGACAGCACCAAUGACAUCGCCCAUCUCCUGGGGAUGUUGGAUCCUUGGUACGAAAGAAACACUCUCAGCCUCCUGAACUUACCAGCCAAUGUGGUCUGUCAGCAAACCUCAAAGACGGAGUCGGAGUCGUACGACAGUUCGUACCAGCAGCGUCUACCUAUUCUCGCCGACCUGGUCCUGUACUACUGUCGUUACGCCACACGGCCGGCUCUGAUCCAGCUCUACCAAGCUGAGUUGACGUUAGCCGGCGGAGAGAGGAGGACGGAGGUGUUUGUGCAUUCCCUCGAGUUGGGUCACACCGCAGGAACUCGGGCCAUCAAGGCUAUGGGCACUGCGAGCAAAAGGUUUGGCAUCGAUGGCGACCGAGAAGCUGUGCCUCUGCAGAUUGACAUCAUGUAUAACAGAGUGGUGAUCAGUGGGAGAAGCCAGUGGAAAAAAGAAACUAAGCUGUGCACGUCAGUGAACUUAACCAAAGCCUGCAAGAAUCCCGAGGAGUUAGACUCACAGUUGGAGUGCCUGCAUCUCAGCAUGAUGGAGGUUUUGAAGAGGCAGAGUGGAAAAAGCAAGAAAGGCUACAACAUGCAGCUGAGCCUGACGGACGUGAAGGUGGACAAGGUGCAGAUCAGCGGGGUUGCAGACACAACCUUUGCUGUGUGUCUGGACCAAGAUGAGAAGAAGAUACUGCAAAGUGUCGUCAGGUGUGACAUUGCUGUGUGCUCCAAACCUGACAGCUCCUCAGACUGGAGGCAGAGACGCGCCGAGAUGUCGGCCCAAAUUCAGCCUCUGCACCCAACCUUCUGCAACCUCCUCUGCCUGCCCAUAGUCACCUUCAGUGGCGCUCUACCAUAACCCUCCUCACAUCUUACACUCACACAUAUAUAUAUAUAUAUAUAUAUAUAUAUAUAUAUAUAUAUAUAUAUAUAUAUAUAUAUAUAUAUAUAUAUAUGUGUAUGCAUGUAUAGCCGAGGUUUCUGUGGUUUAAUAUACAUUAGGUCAGAAAAAACACAGGCUAUAUCAUCCCUACAAGCCUGUUUCGAAGGUUUUCCUGCUCAUCAGGGGAUUUUUAUAAAAUAAGGGACAAGCUGUAGAAAAUGGAUGGAUGGAAAAUAAAAAUAAAUAAUAAAAAUCCCCUGACAAGCAGGGAAACCUGCGA